GAGCGGCAGCUUGGGAGGAAGUAGGUGGGAGCAGUCGGGAAGCUUUGUUGAGGUAGCCAAGGGGAAGGAAGGCAUUUUACUAUUGUGAAGGACCGAGUUGGAAGCAAGAGAGCGGAAGGAGCAAGACAGAAGCCAAGGAAGCAAGAUAUGUCGGAGGAGAACAGCAUUCCCGACAACCCGGAGAAUGUGGUCAUGUACCUGCUCCGUCGCAGCAUUUCCAACGUUCUGGCCAGUGACGGACAGACCUCGCUUCAUGUCUCUCCACCUCGUCGUGAACUCGCUCGUCGUGUUGAACUUGAUCUUGGUCUUCCUCAAGGUACUCUUGAUACCAUACAUAUGGGUUUGGUUCUGGAUCAGGUACUGGUCAAGGCUGGUCUCGCUUGCGCCCCGGAAUGGGAUCUGCCUCGCAGGACCCUCAUGGAGGGCCCGCUGUCUGUUCGGGAUGAGAAUCAGUUUGCCUUUACCGAGUACUGGUUUGUCCUGGAGCUUGGUGGCUCGUAUGGCUCGGGCGCUCUCAACUACUACGCAACCAUGGGCAAGGAGCGCCUGGUUACUUCGCUUGACUUGGCCCGCUACUAUGUCGAUCACAUCGGCUUGCGCGAACGCAAGGCUCUCGGUGGAUCGUCCAAGGACGACGUCAUGUUCAAGCUCUGCUCAGAUGCAGACGUCCCGCCACCGACCAUCUACUUUCAAGCUGCGAGUCCCGAGUUCAAAUGGCAGUGGAUGUCCUCGCUCGCCACUGCAAACUCGCCGUCGACCCUGGCGGUGGCCAAGACCCAGGGCGUCGCCACCUCGGGCUCGGUCAUCUCGGGCCCGACCGACUUUAAGAAGUUGACGCCCGACGUGGCGCCGGCGACGGCGGCGGAACCAGCGCCGGCAGUGCCGCCGCGGUCACCGGCCUCAACGAUCCAACCAGACACGCCGCAUCAGCCGUCGGGCGGCGAGGCCGAUUUUCCAGACAUGGGCCGGUCGCCGCUCCCGCCGCUUCCACCGCAGCCGGCCAGUGCCGGCAACCCGUUUGACACUCCGGGCGGUAGCGAGGCUACCGCGAACUUGCCUGCCGAGCUCAAUCCGUUUGACGAGGCGCCGUCGUCGCGGGCCAAGCCGCUGCCGUCCAAGCCACUGCCGUCUCCGGCCCCGUCGCCCAAGUCGGCCAAGCCGCCGCGGCUGCCGGCCAAGCCGCUGCCGUCGCCAGAGUCAUCGCCAAAGACGGGCAAGCCGCCCCGGCUGCCGACCAAGCCCGGCGAUGCGUCGCCGAUGCGACGCAAGCCGCCGACAACCAAGCCACGACCGGGAAAGCCGCACGUCGCGCCACGGCCAAGCAAGCCGCGUCCGCCGCCGCCGACGGCCAAGCAGCCGGGCAAGCCGCCGGCCCGGGGCGAGUCGGCACCUGAGGGGGGGCGGGUUGCCAAGCCGCGACGGAAGGCGCCAGCGGCGCCCAAGCCCGGCGGCGACUACGUGGCCGACAUCCGCGAGGGUCAUGCAUGGCUGGCGUCAAAGGUUGCGGCUGGCGCCCUGCCGGCGUCAGAGCAGCUCGUCCCGCAGCUGAAGAAGAUGCUGAUGGCGGUCAAGGCGCUGCAGGACGCGCCGAGCUCGCGGUUCUCGGAGGAGGAGAAAAAGAUCUUGUCUGCCCACGCCGGCGACAUGAUCCGCGCGUCCAAGGCCAUCACGUCUGACAACUACGCGGCGCCGCUCAAGGCCAUGCUCGACGCGGCGGCGUGCCUGCUUGACUCGGCAACAAGGUAAAUGCAGCCACAUCGCC